AUGCAAGUGGAUACUAUGAGAAAUCCUGAUACGCAGCGUUUUCUGAAGAGAGUGGAAGAGUAUGAUUCGCAGCGAAACUCCAUGACAAAACCGCAAGUGAAAGGGAAGCCUGAUCAUUUAAGCCUUGAACGAGCAAGACAGUUGCUUCAGGGAGAUUCACCAGCUGAUUUGCACAGAGCGAAUUCAAAUAACUGUGGGCCUGAGAUUGCGUCGACCGAGCUGGCCUACAGGUCGGCAUACAACUAUGAAAAGUCCUUCUCACCAGAGAGGUCGAAGAAUCAGACCUCACCGAAGACAUUUGUUAUCUCUGAAGAGGACUAUAAACUGCUACAGCAACUCAAAUCGGGUGAUAAGCCUGUGGUUAUUGAGCCCAAGAAGCAUUAUCCCAGCCGUGGACGACCUAGAAAUGUUACACAUGCAUUUGAGGAUACACCUUCAUCGCCAACUUGGAAAGUGAGAAACGAAGUUCCAGAUGAGGCUCCUUUAUUACCAAACCGAAAAGUUAUAAGCGCUUUUCCAGACGAAGAAGCUCCUUCAUUACCAACUCGCAGAGUCAAAAAGGUAGAACAGGUCCCUUCACUGCCGACCAGAAGAUACCGUGAACCGCAAGUGAGUCAGGAGGAGCCAGUGGCUAGACCUGUCAAGGAUGAGUCAACUGAAAUAAAGGAAAAGAAGAAGGCUCCGCCUGUACCAAGGAAGCGUAACGAGAAAUUGAAGUCGGAGCCUACAACUUUCAUCAGUUCUCUGGGAAAGAACAAGCUCACCGUUAUCCCACAGGUUGACACUGCUCGCAAAAUUCAACCAGUGACAGCCUCUCACAUAGACUACCUGGACUCAGUGCACUUGACGCCGAAGUCACCAGAACAGACAAAAUCAAAUCCACAGAAACAGAUUUCACCAGGGACCAGCGGUGGGAGCUUUAUCAGUUCUGCUUUGAGGACAAUAAGUCCAAGUCCCUCUCAAAGUAACAUCAGAAUCGAAAAACCUGCUCUACCCAGCAAACCGGCAAAGCUGAAGAACUCGACAAUUACCACUUCUAAAACCAGCGAUAACGACGAGUUGCAGAACUUAAAGCUAAAUACCACUGAGAAAACAAAACCAAAGGUACCAGCGAAGAAAGAUGGUUUGACAAUCCCUCGAUUACGCCCUGUAGCAUCAGCUGAAAGAAAGACAAGCAAGCAGGAUGACUCCCCUCAAAAUUCGAUGUUAGAAGGCCUAAAGAAGGUUGAAAGAGACAAAGUCCAACAAAGAGUGGUGACGCCUCCCGAAGCCCUCACCAAAAUGUCUCAGCUAAAGAAAGGAGCUCCUAAUGGUAGCGCUAAAGAUGAGAAAACGAUUUCUGAGGUCGAGGCCAAACUACGCGGAUUGAAGAGCCCACCGCCAGUUCCCAAGCGUAACAUAUCCAUGCCUGAAGCACUGAAAAAGGCAGAAAAGCUGAAGAAUACGAAACAAUCAUCAAAACCUUCAAAUAAGAAUGAUUUCCGUAGCGAUUUAAGUGCUAUCCUGACCGCACCUCCCAAAGCGGCCACUUCCUCUAAACAAAUCGCCAAAGAGAGCCCAAGCUCUAGCACAUCAUCUCUAGUCCAUCACACCAAGAGCAGAGCUCGGGGUCCCAAGCGUAAGUUGCCAACCAAAAUACAGUAA